AUGAGAUAUAACCCAUACGGGAAGAUUUCGUGCAUUGUUUGUGGCAUUCCGAUCAAAUCAGAAAUAACCUGGAAAGCCCAUGUUUUAAGUAAAUCCCAUAAAGACAAUGCCAUCCGCGGUACUGAUUCUCUUAAGCGUAUUCAGACUCAAGUGAAGGACAACACACCUCCCGCAAAACACCCCAAGUUGGAAGUGGUAGUGCCGAAAUCUGAAGCUUUAAAUCUCAAGAAAGAAGAAAAGCUUUCUCUUAAGGUUCCCGACCCCUCUCGAUCACCACAUAAGGAGAAAGAAGGGACGCAGAAUUGUUUAUUACCGGAAGGGUUUUUUGAUGAUGCUCGCAGAGACGCUGAGGUUAGGAACGUGCCCUUCAAAGAUAAGAUGGACACUGAAAUGGAAGUUUUCCGGAAAGAAGUAGGAACCCUAGACCAGGAAUUGGAGCAAAUUCUCGAAAAAGAUAACGAGGAAAUGGUCGUUGCGAGGAAUUUAGCAGAGGUUGAUAAGCAGAUUUCGAUGUGGGAGAAGUUCCGGGAAUUGGAGAUGCAAAAGGAAGCCAGUAUAUCAAAGAAGAAAAUUGUGAAAUCCGAAGGUGCUUCCAUCAAAGUUGAAAACGAAGAUGAUGAUAGUGACAGUGGUGACACUGACGAAGAUGAACUAAACGAUUUCCGUUUUAAAGCUGGUAUCAGAUAA